AUGUCAUUUCUGUUAAUGACAUCACAAAGGUUGCAAUAACAACACAACUGGCUUAAACUGGUUAAGCCAGAGCAGCCAGACUGGUGAUCACUUGCAAUCAUGCAGAUGCUGAUUAUCAGUCUCCUGAUUUUAUCAAAUAUUUUAACAGUAAGUUUAAUUUUUUUCCCUUUUUGUAUGUUGCGCUGAGUAUUUCUUAUUUAAAUUCCCCGUUCUACUUUUUUAGUUUGUUAAUCCAGGUGAUUAACCAUUAGGGCUAGAUAGAUAUGUUAUGACAUCAUAAUGACAAUCACGUGCCACCUGUGUUGCUAUGACAACACAGCUGACUCGAGCAGGGCUUAAAGCUGUUUGUAGCAAAGAGCAGCCAGACUGGUGAUCACUUGCAACCAUGCAGAUGCUGAUUAUCAGUCUCCUGAUUCUAUCAAAUCUUUUUACAGUAAGUUCUAAUUUGUGCCCUUUUUUGAUAUUGGGAUUGUUAUUAGGCUGUUAUGGAACAUUUAUUUUCCCCAUAUUACUUUUCUGUGUUGACUAAUCUCUUAAUGGCCAAUUUGUCAAACCUCAAACUGGGGGACCCAGAGGGACUCCCAGCAGAUCUGUCUUUUUUACCCAUUUAUCAACCCUCUACUGCAGUUUUCUAAUGGGAGUUGGUCAUUUCAUUAAACAUUCUCUUUAACACAGUUUGUUACUGGGCCACUGUGAUGUUUUGUUCCUCUUGUCAGUCCCUUGUCUGUUUCCCUUUGCUCAUUAACUGUGUUUCUUUUCAGCUAAAACAAACCAAUCAACCAUUACCUACAAAUAUCAACUAUGAGAAAAGUAUAAACGGGAAUGUAGAACCGACAGUUGCACAAACGGAAGAUUCCCUGAUUGAAGGGCAAGCAGUCCCGAUACCAGCAGAAACCCAGACCUCUGAUGACCGGUUCAUGGACAUCUCUUCUAUAAUCGAGAGAUUCGAUGCAAAGGAAGCCAAGGUACUGAAACUACUGGACUCGGUCUCAGCCACAAUUAAUGACAUCAGAAAAAUUGAAGAGAAGAUAAAGGACACUGAGAGUCGCCCAUCUGACAUCUCUUAUUUAGAGGAAUUGAACAGGAAUAUCUCUAAGGAGGGUACAAUCUCCAAAUACCUCUUCUGGUCAUGUGUAUUUGUAUCGGGUGCUUUGAUGUUCUCCCUGUGUCUGAAUAUAAAGUUGACCAGGAAGAACAAGGCUAUUGCUCGUGCCAAAGAAGCGAGGCCAAGUGUAGCAGCUCAGACUGACUUCCAAACGGAACGUGCACACCCAUUGCUUCAAGACAUGCUGAAGGCGCUGGACGAUAGCGGAGAAAGCGAUGAUGAGUCUGAUUUAGAGGGUGUUGACAUGGAAGAUACCAAGAAACGUAAAAAGAAACGCUUUUGUUUCAAUGUGCGUAAAUAUUUGGCAAUUGUUUAA